AUAUUAAUGUAUAAUAUAUAUACAACAUAAUCUCUGGCAAAGCUCAUACCCAAACUCGUCCCCAUUUUGAAAAACAGAGAAAAGAAAUGGAUCACAAAAGAGAUGAAGAGAAUGGUUUGGAUGGAAACUACAAUUCAGUAGUGGAAACUGAACACAUGAAGGAGAAGGAGAAGGAGAAGGAGAACCAAGAAGAAGAAGAAGAGAUGUCGGUGGAGCGGCUUUUUGAAGGCAAGGAAGUACCAUCAUGGAGAGAACAGCUGACAGUGAGGGCCUUCGUGGUGAGGUUCGUGCUGUCAGUGCUCUUCACCUUCAUAGUGAUGAAACUCAACCUCACCACUGGCAUCAUCCCUUCCCUCAACGUCUCUGCGGGGCUCUUGGGUUUCUUCUUCGUCUCGGUUUGGACAAAGUUUCUUGACAAGUCUGGGCUCUUGAAGCAGCCCUUCACUCGACAAGAGAACACUGUUAUUCAGACUUGCGUCGUGGCCUCCUCUGGCAUCGCCUUCAGCGGAGGUUUUGGAAGCUACCUUUUCGGAAUGAGUCAAGCUAUUGCUAAACAAUCUGAAAAUGCUGGAGGCAACGAGGAAUAUAAGAACCCAGCAGUAGCAUGGAUGAUUGGCUUUCUCUUUGUUGUUAGCUUUCUUGGCCUCUUUUCUGUCGUGCCUCUUCGAAAGAUCAUGAUUGUAGACUUCAAAUUGACAUACCCAAGUGGUACUGCCACUGCUCAUCUCAUCAACAGUUUCCACACUCCUCAAGGAGCCAAGUUGGCAAAGAAACAAGUUAGAGUAUUGGGCAAGUACUUCUCCUUCAGCUUCUUGUGGGGUUUCUUCCAAUGGUUUUUUGCUGCUGGAGACGAUUGCGGAUUUGCAGGCUUCCCUACGUUUGGACUUAAAGCAUACAAAUACAAGUUUUUCUUUGAUUUCUCGGCAACUUAUGUUGGAGUGGGGAUGAUUUGUCCGCAUAUAGUAAACAUAUCGCUGCUGGUUGGAGGAAUUCUUUCUUGGGGACUUAUGUGGCCGCUUAUAGAAACUAGAAAGGGUGAUUGGUACCCUGCAGACCUUCCCUCAAGCAACAUUCGUGGUCUUCAAGGUUACAAGAUAUUCAUCGCCAUUGCAACAAUCCUAGGUGACGGGCUAUAUAACUUUUUCAAGGUACUGGGUCAAACUCUCUUGGGAUUGUUUUACCAACUCCAAUACAAAAAUAUGAGCGGUGUCCCACCCAUUGAGGAUCGCUCCUCUCCUAGGAGCUCAUCUACUUGUUACAAUGAUACUCGUCGGACACAAGUUUUCCUCAAAGAUCAAAUUCCAACAUCAUUUGCUAUUGGAGGGUACAUUGCAAUAGCUGCAAUCUCCAUGGCUACACUUCCUCACAUAUUUCCCCAACUCAAAUGGUACUACAUACUGGUUAUCUAUCUUGUUGCUCCUACCAUGGCGUUUUGCAAUGCAUAUGGGUGUGGGCUCACUGACUGGUCUCUUGCAUCCACCUAUGGGAAGCUUGCCAUCUUUAGCAUUGGAGCAUGGGCUGGAGCUGCACAUGGUGGAGUUAUAGCAGGCCUGGCAGCCUGUGGAGUUAUGAUGAACAUUGCAUCAACCGCUUCCGACCUAAUGCAGGAUUUCAAGACUGGUUAUCUAACCUUAGCUUCACCACGCUCAAUGUUUGUGAGCCAAUUCAUUGGUACUGCAAUGGGUUGUGUCAUCUCCCCUUGUGUCUUUUGGCUGUUCUACAAGGCUUUUGAUGACCUUGGGCAGAGUGGAAGUGAAUACCCUGCUCCUUAUGCUCUGGUCUUCCGCAACAUGGCUGUUCUUGGGGUAGAGGGCAUCUCCAAUUUACCAAAGAACUGUUUCACGCUUUGUUGUGUGUUUUUUGGUGCAGCAAUUCUCGUGAAUUUGGUUAGGGAUACUGUAGGUCGAAAGAGGGCGCAGUUCAUUCCAAUCCCAAUGGCAAUGGCAAUACCAUUUUAUCUGGGCCCUUACUUCGCCAUUGAUAUGUGUGUUGGUAGCUUAAUAUUAUUUAUAUGGCAAAGGAUAAACAAAGCUAAGGCAGAAGCUUUUGGACCUGCAGUAGCUUCUGGCUUGAUUUGUGGAGACGGACUAUGGACUUUGCCUAGUUCAAUUCUUGCUUUAGCAGGAAUAAAGCAACCAAUUUGCAUGAAGUUCCUGUCUAGGGCAACAAAUGCCAGGGUUGAUAAGUUCCUAGGGGCUUAAGACUAAUCAAAUUUUACCUAUGAAGGAUGAUCUGUAAGGUUGUACCAUGAAUCUCUUUACUAUUUUGUUUCUUUCCUUUUAGAUGAUGGCUAAGUUACUCCUAAUACAGAAUGUUUAUGGCAA